UGUACAUACGAAGGCGAAGAAGAAGAGGGAAAGGUGGAAGUGACUCAAAAGCUGAGAGAGAGUAAUGGAGGAAGAAAGGAAAUGCAAAGCUCCCAGGAGGCAAUGGGCUGCCGCUCUAGUCUCCAUCUUUGCCUUCUUCCACCUCCUCCCUUUCUCUGAAUCUUCAAACCUUUCCCGUUACAGAGAAGCUCUUUCAAAAAGCCUCCUUUAUUUCGAAGCGCAACGUUCCGGUCACUUGCCUUACAAUCAGAGAGUCCCUUGGCGACACCAUUCUGGCCUCACCGACGGUUUGGAACAAGGGGCGGACUUGGUAGGAGGUUACUAUGAUGCAGGGGACAACGUUAAGUUUGGUUUGCCAAUGGCCUUUACCAUUACGAUGCUUUCCUGGAGCGUCCUACAAUACGGGGAAGAGAUUGCGGCCGCGGGCGAGUAUCGCCACGCGCUUGAAGCAAUCAAAUGGGGGACUGACUAUUUCAUCAAAGCACAUUCUCAGCCUCAUGUCUUGUGGGUUCAGGUGGGUGACGGGGACACGGAUCACUACUGUUGGCAAAGACCGGAGGACAUGACGACGUCCCGAAGAGCUCACAAGAUUGACGAGGAUCAUCCGGGUUCGGACGUCGCCGGAGAAACGGCGGCUGCAAUGGCGGCAGCAUCCAUUGUGUUCAGGAGAACCAAUCCUCGUUACUCCCACCUUCUCUUGGAUCAUGCGCAACAAUUGUUUGAGUUUGGUGACAAGUAUAGAGGGAAAUACGAUAGCAGCAUAGGAGCGGCGAAGGGGUACUAUCCGUCGGUGAGUGGUUACAUGGAUGAGUUGUUGUGGGGAGCAUUGUGGCUGUACAAGGCCACCGACAGGGCAGAUUAUUUGAAUUAUGCAAUUGGAAAGGCUCAAUUUUUCGGUGGGAUCACUUGGGCCAUGCAAGAAUUCAGCUGGGAUGUCAAGUAUGCUGGUGUCCAGGUUAUUGCUGCCAUGCUGGGAAUGAAAAAAAAGCAUGAAGAACACAGUCAGAUUCUCCAAGAAUACCGCUUCAAAGCAGAAUACUACAUCUGUGCCUGCCUGAACAAGAACAAUACAACCAAUAUACGUCGCACCCCAGGCGGCCUCAUCUACAUCCGCCAAUGGAACAACAUGCAGUAUGUUUCAUCUGCAGCAUUUUUGCUUAUGGCCUACUCUGAUCAUCUCCGAGCUGCCAAUCAAAAGCUCAAUUGCCACGGAGGAGUCUUAGUGGGUCCAGAUGAUAUAUCAUCCUUCGCGAAAUCACAGGUUGAUUACAUCUUAGGCUCUAAUCCGAUGGCCAUCAGCUACUUGGUUGGCUACGGUUCAAGGUACCCCCAGAGGGUGCAUCACAGAGGAGCAUCCAUGGAGUCUUAUAGGAAUAACAAGGGAUUUAUCGGAUGCACACAAGGUUAUGAUAACUGGUAUGGACGCCAGGAAUCAAAUCCUAAUGUCCUGGUGGGAGCACUGGUAGGUGGACCAGAUAUUAAGGACCAAUUUAGAGAUGGUAGGGAAAAUUAUGUGCAGACAGAAGCCUGCACUUAUAAUGCUGCGCCUCUUGUUGGAGUUUUUGCUAACCUGCAUGCAUUAGAACAGAAGAAUACUAGUCACGUUUUUGAUCCUCCGUUAAUUGCUUCAAGCUAGAGCCCAUGUACAGUAGAGGAGUCAAAAGACAAUCAAGGUGCCGUUAUCCCACCUCAAAUAAUCUUUGCAGAUUUGAAAAAAAACCAAAUGAUAUAGGAAAAAAAGAAAAGAGUGACAAAUCUUGUGUGAAAUUUUGGUGUUCAACAUCCUUGUAUUUUCCUCCAAUUUGACUUGGAGAUCAUUAUCAUUUUCUAUGCUAUACUUUGAGCAAAGGGCUACUCGAAUACAAUGGGUUCCACUUGCAAUUCACCA